CUUGCACUGGAACAAAGAAAAGAAAUCCUGCAUUACUGAACUACACUAAAGGAUAUUGGGACUGCGAUUCCUGGCCUUUUCGGAUAAGGACGUUAAACCUGAGGCCCCGCCUCUCACGGCACAUCAUUAGGGUUUUAGGCACUAAGAACACACUUUUUACAAUUUGCGCCAAAUUCAAAACUACUAUUAUCAGAAAACCUAUAUAGACUAUACAUACUCGAAAUCAUAUCAAACUUCGGAAUGAUUAGAAAAAUGCCGUCCGCCCAAUCAUUGAUCACGAGAUAACACUCUAUGCAAAACAAUACAUUUCUCUUGGGAUAACAUUUUAACGCCAUAGCAAUUGCCAGACUCCUAAGGGUUAGAUAAUGGACGCGAGUGUUCUAUGGGAUUUAGGGCACGAAUUAACAAAAAUGAAAAUCAGCGAGUGCGCAACACGAGAAACAUUUGUGAAUAACUUUGAUAUUAGUAAACACAAUUGACAUUGUACUUUUGCUUUCUUUUUUUUUCUCUAAGAUGUGAAGCAGUUGAGGAUUUUGAAAAACAGGGACAUUUCAGUGAGAUUUGUAGUUAGUAAUAUAUUAAGUACUCAUCUACUUAGUGAUUAAUAUUCCCUAAGUUGCAACUUUGUUUUUUUUAUUGUUUUCCUCCAGGAAUGAGAUUUAGGGAGUUCAAAUGGAGGGCGCUGAUUGGUCGAGUGGCAGUGAUCGUUUUCUAAUUAUUAUAAGAGCCUGUAUUCCAAUUGUAAUCAAUCAUUUGUGUGGGUGUAUUUAGAAAACUGGUUAAAGCUGUACGUUUUGUCUGGAUGGGUGAACCAAAUCACGGAAAGAAAUGAAGAAACUACAUUAUAUAACUUUUCUCAUUUUCGCGUUAGGAUGUUUUAUGUAUUUCCUUGUACAACCUGGGGUAUUUCACCAGCCAACACCGGCUGUGGUACCUCCCACAAGAGACACACCAAGCACCAGCAAUGCAGAGUAUAAAGCUCCUUUCCCACCAGACUAUAACCCCGUGCACGACUACUUUAAGACUGUCAUUCAGGCGUUGUUGAAGCGCGAAGAGGCUACCAUCACGAUAGAAGAAGUGGUCAAACAGUUCACAAAUUCUCUCAAAAAACCGACACGUCGAAAGUUGAUUUUGGCGUAUACCCCGUACUUUGAGGAUUAUCCUUGGAAAAUGUUCAAUAACUCGACGUUUAACAGUUUGCUGGGGCAGAAAGGGUGCCCUUUGUAUAAUUGCGAUUUCACUUGUGAUAGGAAAUACUUGAAUGAUAGCGACGCGGUGUUGUUCCACGGCAGGGACAUGACACCAUUACUUGAGAUGCGUCGGAUGAUGAAACUGAAGUUGCCACACCAGAGAUGGGUCUUUUUUAUUCGCGAGAAUCCAAUCCACACGUACCUUAAUUUACAGCAAUACAACGGUCUUUUUAACUGGACUAUGACCUACAAAAGGGACUCAGAUAUUGAAAUUCCAGGCGGAGCCUACUACCAUGCUCAAACAAAUGUCACUGGCAAUGAGAAUUAUGCAGAGGGGAAGGAUAAAUUGGUCUACUGGCCCGUAAGCAAUUGUGGAAACUUUCGGGACGAAAUUGCAAAGAAACUGAACGAGUUUGUCCCACUUGAUGUCUACGGAGGAUGCAGAAUUCGCGUGUUUCCUAAAAGUGGUCGAGGACCCCCUUGCCCAAGGUUCUCGAAAGAAUGCGAGUCGCUCUUACGAAGGUACAAAUUCAGACUAUCAUUCGAAAACAAAAACUGCGUCGAUUAUAUAACCGAAAAAUAUUGGAAGCCCUUGGAAACGGGGAAUAUCCCUAUUGUGUUAGGUGGGGCAAAUUACUCAGAGAUGGUGGUACCAGGGUCUUAUAUAAACGCUCUAGACUUCCCUUCCGUCAAGGCCUUAGCCGAGUAUAUCAAAUACCUUGACAAAAAUGACACUGCUUACAACGAAUACUUUCAAUGGAAGAAAUAUUACAUUGCCAAGAAGGAUGCAUUGACUUUCCCUUGUCAGUUGUGCACCGCGCUGAAUCUUAACCUAAAGCCUAAGGUUUAUAAUAACUUCGAAAAAUACUGGGGGGUUCAAGAAAACUGUGGCGUAAACGAUGCGAAAAUGAAGAACAUGUUGUAGUAAACGAUCACCUAUUAAAUAAACCUUAAGGAACUUCACUCAGCCAUUGCUUUGUUAUUGUUGCUGAAUCUUAACCUAAAGCCUAAGGUUUAUAAUAACUUCGAAAAAUACUGGGAAGUUUGAGAAACUGUGGGUUAAACGUUGCGAAAAUGAAGAACAUGUUUUAGUAAACGAUCAUCUAUUUUUAUUUUGUUAUUGACGCUGAAUCUUAAUCUGAAGCCAAAGGUUUCAUAGAACAACACUGGGACGAUACGGAAACAUAGAGUUGUAAUAAAUAAACGAUCACCGUCGUCCGUUUUGUGGCUGAAUCUUAACCUAAAGCCUAAGGUUUAUAAUAACUUCGAAAAAUACUGGGGGGUUCAAGAAAACUGUGGCGUAAACGAUGCGAAAAUUAAGAACAUGUUGUAGUAAACGAUCACCUAUUAAAUAAACCUUAAGGAACUUCACUCAGUCAUUGCUUUGUUAUUGUCGCUAAAUCUUAACCUAAAGCCUAAGGUUUAUAAUAACUUCGAAAAAUACUGGGAAGUUCAAGAAAACUGUGGCGUAAACGAUGCGAAAAUGAAGAACAUGUUGUAGUAAACGAUCAUCUAUUUUUAUUUUGUUAUUGACGCUGAAUCUUAAUCUGAAGCCAAAGGUUUCAUAGAACAACACUGGGACGAUACGGAAAUAUAGAGUUGUAAUAAAUAAACGAUCACCGUCGUUCGU